ACCCAAAACGAGCGUGCCCUGCAGUGUGCAUCCAGACGGGGAGCUGUCAUCUGGAGAUUCAACCCGCACUGUAGCCUCUGACCACCUCGACACACACCCGGAAGGCGUGAGGGGAAAACUACAAAACGGCAGAAUGAAUCGUUUCAAGACAUCAAAAUUCAAAAAUACCACCCCGAAAAUUGCCAAGAAAGAUGGCUGGAUCUGCAACAUCCGUGCCGGUAACGUCCAGUCCCUGGGAAACCACAUCAAGGCCAGCUCUGAGCUCGUGGCCUUCAACAUCGACCAGGCUGGCGGCGGAAUGCUGGGAGUGACCUCCGUGAGUCCAGCAGCAGAUGGAAAAUGGACCAUCUCUCAGCUCCCGUGCCAUGGAGAUCUGGUGACCGACCUGGACUUCUCUCCCUUUGACGAUGCCCUCCUGGCGACCUGCUCUGCCGAUGAAACGGUCAAGCUGUGGCGCCUCUGUAGCCCAGAGAAGGAGCAGCCCGGGGGGCCAGAGCUGAACCUGAGCCCUGGGCUGGGCCGACUGGAGCUGGUCCUCUUCCACCCGACGUCCUCCGGCCUGCUGGCCGUCGGGGCCGCCCAGUCUGCCCUGCUGUGGGACACCAGCCGCCAGGACGCCCCGCUCGCAGUGCUGGAGAAGCAUGAUGACAAGUUGCAGAGUCUGAGUUGGAAGCAAGAUGGCUCUCUGCUUGCAUCUUCCUGCCUGGACAAAAUGCUCAGAGUGUUUGAUCCCAGGGCCCAGCUGACACCUGUUCAGAGCGUCAAGAAUAUGCACAGCAGCAAAGGCUCCCGCGCUCUCUGGGCGAGAGACGCCUACCUGCUGACCACGGACACGCACCGUGGUCGGGAGGUGAGGCUGUGGGACAGCAGGAAGCUCGGCUCCGCCCUGGGAUCCGUGUCCGUCAGCGACUCCAGCGGGACUCUGAUUCCCAUGUUCGAUGCGGACACUGGCCUGCUUGUCGUGAGUGGAAUGGGGGACCCCAUCUUCGACUGCUUUGAGGUCACAGCUUCUGAGCCCUACCUCUCCCAAGUGAGCCACUUCCUGGCGACCACGCCCACCCGGGGGGCGUGCGCGGUCCCCAAGAUGGCGAUGGACACGCUCUCCUGCGAGGUGAUGCGUGUGUUCCAGCUGACGGACAGCUGCAUCAUGCCCAUCAGCUACCAGGUCCCCCGCAAGUCGAGCCAGGAGUUCCACGCUGACCUGUACCCGGACACCGCGGGCCGCACCCCAGCCCAGUCCGCCCAGGAGUGGUGGAAGGGAGAGAACGCACAGGUUGACAAGGUCAGCCUCAACCCGGACAAACAACCCAAAGCGAAGGCAUCCAAUCCGACGGCCCUGCCGAAGAAACUGCAGAGUGGGCGGAGCAAGGAGGAGGCCGCCCCGGGCCUGUCCGCCUCCAGCAGCACCCUGAGCAGCGCCAGCAGCAGCGCCGCCCCAUCCCGCUCGCCCUCCUCCUCCUCAGGCCUGUCCACGGGCCCCGGGCCCCGCCCCAGCCCCACACCCGCACCCGGGCCCGGGCCCAGCCAGAGCGUCAAGGCCAUCCAGAACCUGAUGGGUCCCAACUCCAAGUUCCGCCACAUCCAGGGCUCGGUGCGCCACCGGGACGCCCACAUCACCAACCUGAAGGCGCUGAACCUCACCACGCCCGGGGAGAGCGACGGCUUCUGCACCAACGCCCAGAGGGUCGCCGUGCCGCUGUCUACCCCCGGGGGGCAGAUCGCCGUCCUGGAGCUCUCCAAGCCCGGGAAGCUCUCGGACACCUUCCUGCCCACCGUCCAGAACACGGUCAACGUGGCCGACCUCUGCUGGGACCCCUUUAACCCCCGCAGGCUAGCCGUGGCUGGCGAGGACGCUAAGAUCCGUGUGUGGACGGUUCCAGAGGGAGGACUGACGGAGACCCUGACGGAGCCCGACCUCCUCCUGCAGGGCCACACGGAGAAGAUCUACUCCAUCCGGUUCCACCCGUUGGCCAGCGGGCUGCUGGUGUCCUCCUCCUACGACCUGACCGUCCGGCUCUGGGACCUGGGGACGGGCCAGGAGGUCAAGGUGCUCUCGGGACACCAGGACCAGAUCUUCGGUCUGGGCUGGAGCCCCGACGGCAAGCUGCUGGCCACCGUUUGCAAGGACGGGAAGGUCCGCGUCUACGACCCGCGCAAGUCCACCGCACCGGUCGAGGAGGGCCCUGGUCCCGGGGGCCACAGGGGGGCCCGUGUGGUGUGGGUGUGUAAGGGGGAGUACUUCCUGGUGUCUGGAUUUGACAGUAACAGUCAGAGGGAGCUGUCCCUGUACUCCGUGGGGGCCUUGGCCUCCGGGCCCCUGGCCACCACCGAGGGGGACGUCUCCCCCUCCACCCUCAUCCCCUUCUACGACCCCGACACCAGCCUCCUCUUCCUCACCGGCAAGGGAGACACGCGCGUGUGCAUCUACGAGAUUGUUCCGGAGCAGCCCUACUUCCUGGAGUGCAGCAGCUUCAGCUCUCAGGAGCCCCACAAGGGUCUGACCUUCCUGCCCAAGACGGUGUGUGACGUGCGUGAGGUGGAGGUGGCCCGGGGGCUGAUCCUCACCAAGACCACCAUAGAGCCGGUGGCCUUCAAGGUGCCCCGCGUCAAGAAAGAGUACUUCCAGGACGACCUGUUCCCGGAGACGGCCGUGUGGUGGGAGUCCUCCCUCUCCUCCUCUGAUUGGCUGGCUGGUUCCAAUGGGAAGCACCGCACCAUCAAGCUCCGCCCAUCGGACAUGGCCCCCGUGAGCGAGGCCCCCAAGGAGGUGCCGGUGAAGAAGUACAUGCCCUCCUCCUACUACCUGGAGGAGAAGACGGACGAGCAGAAGAAGGACGAGCUGCUGAGUGCCAUGGUGGCCAAGCUGGGGAACAUGGAUGACCCCCUCCCUCAGGACGGCUUCGAGGGCGUGGACGAGGACGAGUGGGAUGACUAGAGGCAGCUGGUGGUGGUGGUGGUGGUGGUGGUGGUUCUGCUGCCACAACAGGACGCGCCACCAUCAGAGGAGCUAGAGAGCCUGUAUGUUGCCAUUCCUGCGUUCUCCGGUGUCGCUGUCCUGCGUCUGAUAUGUUGUCUCCCGUUGCCUCCCUCGAUGCCAGGAACACACGUAACUAAAACAGCAAUACCUAAAGCAGCCUGCAGGCGGUCUUCCAGGGCCUCGCAACCAAUAAUUAAUUCCAUAAGUCCCCACUAGGGGGCGGUAACAGCGAUAGCAUUCAGUGGAUUUCUAUAAGCGGGUGGACGGAUGGUGUGUGUGCAUGUACAAGCUUACCUCCGUCGUGUCCGGACAUGGUGGUCGAUCUCAGAAGCACAGCAUGAUUUGUUUUCAGUGUCCGGUGACAGGAUCCCGUUCCACCACAACGUGUCUUUGAAUUGUCCAAGAGAUUACACACCUUCUUUGAGAUUCCUUGUUUCAGACAACUGAAUAGCAUGUGUUUGUAAAAGAAAUUCACAUAAAACUGUGACUUUCCACUCACUCACCGUCUUCCCCUUCGGUGCACAACCUCUGAACCUAUGCAUAAAUAGGUAGCGCACAAACACACACACACACAAAUAAAACACGCAUGUGUACACACACAAGCACACACAAACCCACACCAUGAACACCAUCUAUAUUCCUGGUGGUGCAUUAGCCUCCUAUCACUAUACUGUAGAAUUUUAAAGAUUACUGGAUAUCGACUGCAAAUAAGCACUCACGCACAUACUCAUGCACAGACACACACACACACACACACACACACACACACACACACACACACACACACACACACACACAUACAUACAAAAAUACACAAAACAUCAGGGUCACAAAUAUGUCUGUUUAAACAAACUGGAAUUUGUAUUUAUGCAAACAUCGUUUUUUGUUAACAGUCAUUGUAAGACUUUAAUUCCAUUGUGCCAUUUCGGGAGAUAUUCUUUGUGCCAGUCAUGAACUUUAUAGACAUGGUUAGAGGGACUUUAGGAGUCAUUUAUUGGUGUUGUAAACCAUCAUUAAUAGUAUUAGAUGGCGUAUUAAAGGUUCAAAUUAAGACAGGGAUUUAUUUAUGUGGUUCGGGUUUUGUUUUUUCAGAAUGGCUAUAAUUUGCUUUUAUAACCCUUGACUCACUUUGUUAUUAUUAGCAAUAGCUCACAGCCAAUGUCUUACUUAUUUACAGUGCAGUAUUACAAACGCAAGCUGCCAUUUACAAUCAGGGCUACAGUAGAAUGCAAUACUGUCAUGAAUUCAGAACCAAUCAUGUUGAUGUUUACAAACGAUGAUAUUAGAACGGAAUCAAUAGACCACUUCAACCUCACAUGGAAUAUGCACAUGGUGUAGUUCCUAAGGUGAACAAAGGGGGUCGUUAGUGUCAAUGUGUAACGUAUUCGUGCCUGCAAUUUAUAUCAUGGUCUAACCUGGGAUGUUCUUUAGCCUUCCAAUGUUAAUCUUUUUUACAUUGUAAUGUGUAGUGCUGUAUUCUCUUACUUACUUAAUGGCUUCGUGUGUAUUUACAUUGUUGCAUUGAAAUAAAUACUUUUUCAAACGUA